UUAGAAGCAAUUGCUCCAAUUCUACGCGAAUUGCCUGUGGUAGUGUUGCGUUGAUAGCCCCAGCGCGGACGAGAGGGGCCAGUUGGAUUGUCAAGAUAUCUCCCGCCGCCGUCGUAAUCCCCAAAGGAAUGCCAUUUAAUUACAGUCGCGAUUGCGUCGCGAUCAGAAACCGCACCAAUAGCCUGCACCAAACCUGGAAGUGGCUGCACCAGACCAUUGAGCUGCACGAAUAUCUCAUCUCCAUGAGCCAAGCGGACACGGACGCCUGCUGCGAUCUCCAGUGCGUUGCGAUCUAAGAAGCCUUUGACCAAAUCGACCCAUC